UAGAUUGCUCGACAGAUUUCAAGAUGAGCGUUGUCGCCGGCGGACCUACACCGCCCCAAGAGGUGCAGCCAACUGGAGCAUUCGCUUCUUACGUCCCGCACGACCUCAAAUACAGCCAGGACUUCGAAGACUCCUUGAUGCAACUCGUCCUCGAGUCUGAUGUACAGCAGGAUGGCAUUCGUGUGAUUCCCGAGGACAGCAACGAACAGCCCGUGGAUGGCGUCUCUGUACGCGCCGAUGCUGUUUCAUGGCAGAGUCUACCUACCAUCAAUGAAGACGAGCUUCCACUGUCACUCGAUGAUCCCCGCCGCAUCUUUGCGAGUCCGAUUGCCGGCGUGAAGCUGACCCAUCCUGGUGGCUAUCUCGAAGGCGGACCGGGACUUGACCCGGAGAUGGACACUUUCCCCGAGGACUUCCUUUCCAACAAUACCAAUGCGAGAUCGAAGGAGCGUCUGCGCAAGGCUGUGGCCAAGGAGAUUGACGCAAGCAUGGAACUGCUGAGGGAGAGAUUAGAAGCACGGAGAAGGGCAAAGGAGAAAAACGAGCAGAUUGAGCGAGAGCUCAAGCUCAUGUCCGACGACCACAGCCUAGAGUUGAAGAUUCAGCGGAAGAUGGCCGAAGAUCUGCGGGUGAAAAAGGAAGCGAAAGAAAAGAGACGAAUGGAGAGGGAAGGUGGUUGA